AUGGGUAAGGAAGACAAGACUCACAUUAACCUCGUCGUCAUCGGCCACGUCGAUUCGGGCAAAUCUACCACCACUGGUCAUUUGAUCUACAAAUGCGGUGGUAUUGACAGCCGUACCAUUGAGAAGUUCGAAAAGGAAGCCGAAGAGUUGGGCAAGAAAUCCUUCAAAUAUGCGUGGGUCCUUGACAAACUGAAGUCUGAGCGUGAGCGUGGUAUCACCAUCGAUAUCGCCCUCUGGAAAUUCGAGACCCCAAAGUAUAGUGUCACUGUCAUUGAUGCUCCCGGCCAUCGUGACUUCAUCAAGAACAUGAUCACUGGUACCUCCCAGGCUGACUGCGCUAUCCUCAUCAUUGCUGCCGGUACUGGUGAGUUCGAGGCUGGUAUCUCCAAGGAUGGCCAGACUCGUGAGCACGCUCUGCUUGCUUUCACCCUUGGUGUGAGGCAACUCAUCGUUGCCAUCAACAAGAUGGACACCACCAAGUGGUCCGAGUCCCGUUUCAACGAAAUCAUCAAGGAGGUUUCCAACUUCAUCAAGAAGGUCGGAUAUAACCCCAAGGCUGUUCCCUUCGUGCCAAUCUCUGGUUUCGAGGGUGACAACAUGAUUGAACCCUCCCCCAACUGCGCCUGGUACAAGGGCUGGAACAAGGAGACUGCCUCUGGCAAGUCUUCUGGUAAAACCCUUCUCGAUGCCAUUGACGCCAUUGAACCUCCAACCCGUCCUACCGAUAAGCCUCUCCGUCUUCCCCUCCAGGAUGUUUACAAAAUCUCUGGUAUUGGCACUGUUCCCGUCGGACGUGUUGAGACUGGUGUCAUCAAGCCCGGUAUGGUCGUGACUUUCGCUCCCUCCAACGUCACCACUGAAGUCAAAUCCGUCGAAAUGCACCACCAACAACUCCAGGCUGGUUACCCUGGUGACAACGUCGGCUUCAACGUCAAGAACGUUUCAGUCAAGGAAGUCCGCCGUGGCAACGUUGCUGGCGACUCCAAAAAUGAUCCCCCCAAGGGCUGCGAAUCCUUCAAUGCCCAGGUCAUCGUCCUUAACCACCCCGGCCAGGUUGGCGCUGGUUAUGCCCCAGUCCUCGACUGCCACACUGCCCACAUUGCUUGCAAGUUCUCUGAGCUUAUUGAGAAGAUCGACCGCCGUACUGGAAAGUCUGUUGAGAACAACCCCAAGUUCAUCAAGUCUGGUGAUGCUGCUAUCGUCAAGAUGGUUCCCUCCAAGCCCAUGUGCGUGGAGCCCUUCACUGACUAUCCCCCUCUUGGACGUUUCGCCGUCCGUGAUAUGAGACAAACCGUCGCUGUCGGUGUCAUCAAGUCCGUCGUCAAGUCUGACAAGACUACUGGCAAGGUCACCAAGGCCGCGCAGAAGGCCACCAAGAAAUAA